AUGCGAAAGGUUGUAGUAACCGGACUUGGGCUCGUGACGCCCUUGGGAAUAGGCGUCCGUCGAACAUGGCAACGGCUCCUGGACGGACAGUGCGGCAUCGUGUCCAUCAAGAAUAGGAGCCCAGAAUUUGCAGUUCUGCCUAGCCAAGUCGCUGGUGUAGUGCCUGAGGGUAAGAAGAAGGAUGGGAGGUGGAAUGCGAAGGAAUGGUUGAAUCCGGGGGACGAGCGCAAGAUGGCUCGGUUCGCACAGUAUGCCAUGGUGGCAUCUACGGAAGCUCUGAGCGAUGCUGGUUGGGCUCCCAAGGCAGAGGAUGAUCUUGAGGCUACAGGCGUGUAUAUGGGCUCGGGCAUCGGGAGCCUGGACGAUGUGUACGAUACUACGGUUGCGUACGAGAAAGGUGGAUACAAAAAGGUGUCGCCUUUGUUCGUACCUCGACUCCUCAUCAACCUCGCGGCAGGCCAUGUUUCCAUGCGAUAUGGCUUCAAAGGACCGAAUCACGCAGCAACCACAGCCUGCACGACUGGUGCUCACAGCAUCGGAGAUGCCGCUCGGCUCAUUCAGUUUGGAGACGCUGAUGUCAUGAUUGCCGGCGGCGCGGAAUCAUGCAUCCACCCUCUUGCCAUCUCAGGGUUUGCGAGAGCCAGAAGCUUAGCUACCGACUGGAACGACAGACCGACUGAAUCCAGCCGACCUUUCGAUAGGGAAAGGGCGGGCUUCGUCAUCGGGGAAGGAGCUGGGGUUGUUGUGUUAGAGGAACUCGAGCACGCAAAGCAGCGAGGUGCGAGAAUCUAUGCCGAAGUUGCUGGCUACGGUCUCUCCAGCGAUGCGUACCACAUGACUGCACCUCGCGAAGAUGGCCACGGACCAUAUCUCGCGAUGAAGCAUGCUCUGCGCCAUGCUGGUCUCAAGCCCAGCUCUAUCGACUACAUUAAUGCUCAUGCUACAAGUACGCCUCUCGGCGAUGCGGCUGAGAAUCGAGCCGUUAAAAAUCUAUUGCUCGGAGAAGAGGGGAAGACGACAGCUUCUGAGAUCAACAUGAGCAGCACUAAGGGUGCGAUCGGACAUCUAUUGGGGGCGGCAGGCAGCGUUGAAGCAGUCUUCACGAUACUGGCGUUGCACAAUAACACUCUCCCGCCAACACUCAACCUUAACCAUCCAGGCGACCCACCAGAAGACUUCGACUGUAAUUAUGUCGCCAACACUGCCCAGCAGAAAGACGUCCAUGUCGCAUUGUCUAACAGCUUCGGGUUCGGAGGCACCAAUGCCUCGCUCUGUUUCAGCAAAAUGUAA